AUGGCGCUUACUACCCAACUAACAACACUGCUCAACAUCCAGCACCCAAUCAUGCUAGCCGGCAUGGGCCAAACAUCCGGCGCCCCCCUAGCAGCAGCAGUCUCCAACGCAGGAGGUCUCGGAGUCAUCGGCGGCGUGGGCUACAGUGGGACGGCGAGGAAGACGAAUCGCGAUUACACAAAGGGGAAAAUUGAUGAUUUGAUCGAGACGAUUAUUGAUGGUGGGGCGAAGGUGUUUGUUUCGGCGGUGGGGGUGCCGCCGAAGAAGGUGGUGGAGCGGUUGCAUGAGGCUGGGGUGUUGGUGAUGAACAUGGUCGGCCAUCCGAAGCAUGUCCACAAGGCAUGUGCCGUGGGCGUCGAUAUUAUCUGCGCUCAGGGAGGCGAGGCUGGUGGCCAUACCGGUGACAUCGCUUUCAGCAUCCUUAUCCCCGCCUGUGCCGACAUCUGUCGACAGUACAAGUCUCCACUGACCGGCCAGCCGGUAUCGCUGGUCGCAGCUGGAGGUGUGAACGAUGGGCGCAGUCUUGCGGCGGCGUUGAUGCUCGGAGCGCAGGCGGUGUGGAUCGGGACGAGGUUUGUGACGGCCACUGAGAGCGGCGCUUCUGAGUUUGCGAAGAAGGCGAUCAUUGAAGCCGACUUCGACUCGGCCGUGAAGUCCACCAUCUGGAGCGGCAGGCCCCUCCGUGCCCUCGGCAACGCAUAUAUCAAAGACUGGGAGAGCAACCGGCAGGCUGAAAUCCGGGAGUUGACUAACCAAGGCAAAGUGCCGUUGGAAUACGAACUUGACAAGCUAGAAGCUGAGGGAAAGCUCACGGAUGAAGUCAUGGACAACGCAACGCUGCGGCCGAUGGGAGUGGUGGCUGGCUUGGUCAACAAGGCAGGACAGAGCGGUGGUGAGAUCGUGAAGGAAAUCGUUGAGGAGGCUGCGGCUCUCUUGAGUUCUGCAAAUCAGUUUGUGAGUAGCAAGGCUCGGCUGUGA